AUGCCUGACACAGCUCAAAUGUCAUCCGAAUCCAACAGCGCCGCAAACGGCGGCAAGACGCCCGUCAUAAGAAACGCCGCCAACGAAAUUGUUAUUACAAGCGACUCGGAAGCGGGCCAACUUUUGAAAAAAAUGCUCGGCGCGGGCAAUUCCGGUACUGUCAUCCCUCUCCCGGGUGGAACGCGGGUCCAGAAAAUCGUUUCAUUUUGGAGAGACGAUUUCGCCAUCAAGCGGCAGUGCGAGAGUUUGCGGAACGAGAUUGCCAUCUACGAGUACCUGCCCAAGAAUCAUCGUCGUUUUGCAAAGUUCCUUGGCUCGUCUGACGACGGAAAAGACCGUGUCACCAUCGACUUGGAAUACUUGCCAAACAACACGCUACACGAGUACCUGCGAGGCUACACGGUGCGUGAGUUUUUAGACACAAAGCGCAGAGACGACGAGGAGACAAGGGCCGACAAGGAGCGCCGAAUGAGCCGGCGCCACGAUUCCAUCCCUCUCCAGCAACGGGCUUGCUGGGCACUCGAGGCCGUCGACGGCAUUGUUGCCCUACACGCUCUCAAUGUGCUUCAUUGUGACAUUAAGCCGGAGAACAUGGGGCUCGAUGCGCAGCUCAAUGUUUGCAUAUUUGACUUUGCUGGGUCGUCGGUGUGUGGGUCAGAGCCUAUGUCGAUGGAGAGCACGCGGUAUCACAAACCACGAAACCCCAGAGACUACUACGGUGUCGACACGGAAUGCUUUGCGCUCGGGUCCAGCAUCUACCAUAUUGUGACCGGCGUGCGGCCGUACGACAGAGUGCCGGACGAGGAGGUGGAAGACCUGUACGCGCGGCAGGAGUUUCCGGACCUGUAUGGCGAGGCACUGAAAGACGAACCGCUCAAGGGCAGCACCGGGAACACGACGCCUGAUACCAUCGGCACGAGCCCUGUGACCGGCAUGCUGCUCUUUGCUGAUGCGAUCCGCAAGUGCUGGUAUGGAGAGUUUGCGACGUCGGCGGAGAUCCUGGAUGCGUUGAAGAGCGAAGUCGUGCGUACGUUUGACGAGGAGGACCUCCGCUACAUCUCAGAGAAGAGCGGCAUCGAGCUCGAGAAGGAGGCAGCCGGUGGUCCAGCCGCAGAUCACAGCGACGACCAAUAA